AUGCAGUGCCGCAAAUGCUGCUUUGCAUGCGAAAAAUGGUGCUUCAUAGGCGCCAAGGCGUUCCUGCCGCUCGUCGUCAAUUUCCUCAUCAUCUGGGCCUGCUGGGUCCACGCAUGGCUGGUGUGCUGGGAACCGCAGUUGUUUGAGUCCGACACCACCUUCUGGCGCGUCUACGGCGUGGCGGGCGUGGCUAUCGGCAUCAUGUGCAACGUGCUCUAUCUCAAAGUAUGCAAGGUGGGCCCCGGAAGCCCCACCGACAUCGACAACUUCUCGGUGCCACUGGUUGAGUACCAGAACGCAUGCAGCGCCGAAGGCCAACAUCUCACGCCUCCUCGAGAGAUGGCUAACUCCGUGUGUGCCAAGGAGAAUGGAGGUCUACGGUUCUGCACCAAAUGCAUCGGCUGGAAACCGGACCGAUCACACCACUGCUCAAACUACAAGCGAUGCGUGCUCAAGUUUGACCACUACUGCCCCUGGUUUGCCACGGCCAUCGGGUUCCACAACCACAAGUACUUUGUGCUGUUUCUGUGGUACGUGACCAUUCUGUGUUUCUUCUGUCUCGGCUCUACGGGCUUUGUCUUCUACAACCACAUUCUGGAGAUUGGUGCCAUGCGCGGCCCGGACGGAAACACAGACUACGUGGGCGCAAUAUCCGUCAACGUCAUGAUCCUCAUGGUCCUGGCACUGGUGUUUGCCAUCGCGGUCGGCACGUUUGCCACCUUCUCGCUCUACCUCGUGUUCAACAACCAGAGCACGGUCGAGUUUCUGGAAAGCACCCAGUACCGGUCUGCCGUGCCCACUGCCGCAUACAGAUACACGUUUGCGCCUACGUCCAAGACGGUCGGAAACGUGUUUGACGUGGGCUGGAAACGCAACUUCCAGCUCGUCAUGGGCGACAAGUGGUGGAUGUGGCUGCUGCCUAUCCAGCCCAGUGAAGCGGCCCGGGGCAACGGUACCCAGUUCCCCCUUAAUAAACAGGUGCUGCAAAAGAUCAGAGAGGCCGCGGCUAAGGAAGUCCAAAUCAGAGACCAGAACCAGGCCUACAUCAAGCAGCAGCGUCAGCAACAGCAAAAACGCACACAGUACGACCUUCCUCAACAUCUCCAGCCUCCUCCUCAGGAGCACUAUGAGUAUGACGACGAGGCCCAAGACUCUGGAGACGACAUUCCAUUGAUCAACAUGGUCAAUAAGAACAACACGAAAUGA